AUGAGCGACAAAGCUCUACUCAACAUGAGCGUGUUGGAUGCGCCUAUUGCAGAUUCCACUAAAGCUGCACUAGAAGGGGCAUUUUGGGAUUGUGAAGGAGCACAAUUGGAUCUAGCCGACAUUAGCUUAAACCGCUAUUGGAGUUUCUAUCAAAGCGAGUGCGCAAAAGCAUUGCAUGAAGGUGGUCAGCACAUCGCCACCCGGACGCAUCAGGACAUAGCAGAAUGUGUACGCAGGCUGCGAAGCGGUGAAGAGCGUCAUGUCAUCAAGACUCAUCUGCGUUCGAACCUCACGACUUUGCACGCCAAUGAAGACGAGAUUCUUGAGAACGCUAUCGAUCUGGCCGCCAGUGUCCUUCUCAUGAUGAAUUUUUGCAGUUAUACAUAUGGGUUCUCUGGUCGCCGCUGGCUAAACUGGAAUAACGGCAGCUCCUUACAGACGCUCCUUCGGGACUUUUUCCACGACAGUUGCACAGAAUCCAGAAAGGACACUACAAAUCUGGAGAAGAUUUUUACUGCACACAAUAUGACGCGGAUUGCAGGGCUCGAGGUCAUAUGGACUGAUAACAUGCUUGACCACUUGCGACUGACUGACGACGACCAACGAGUCCACAUUUUUCAUCAUGCCUCGUUUCUAGAAGUCCAAAAGCAGAGUCCAAAUAGCCUUCUACCGCCAGGCCUCGCAGACGAAACAUUGCGGACGCUGGCGCUUAUGAUUCCUUCGUCUGAUCCAGCCACGCGGAAAUGGUUCGCGAAGCUGCCCAACUAUCAAGACCUCGAUAAGCGCGCUUUCCGCUACAUGAGACUCAAGACUGAUGACCGCCAACUUGGAAAAUUCCCAUUUUGGCGUGAGCGGCUACUCAUGCUCAAGCAGGUCUUUGAUGAAGCACAGCCACAAUCGCUUUCUCAGUGGUGGUAUGAUCGACGCAAUGGCGUUCAAUGGUACACUUUCUGGGUUGCUGUUUUAGUCCUGCUGCUCACGGUAGUAUUUGGAUUGGUUCAAAGUAUAGAAGGUGGACUACAAGUGUACGCCUCCUUCAAAGCUCUAGGGCCAGGCGUUUCUUAG